AUGGCGGGACAUGGCCUUGACUGGAAUUCUCUUGUCGCCUUUGACAAUGUCGCGGCUGGCCACGACGGCGUCAUGUCAGACGUAUCUGGCAGUCUGAUCAUCAAGCCAUGUGUCGCUGCCGAAGUGGAAUUCUACGAGCUUUCCAACGCUGAGCACCCAGAGUUUGCCCAGCUGAUGCCGACGUUCAUGGGAAGCCUACAGCGCGGCCAAUCCAAGGAACUACAGGAUCAUCUCACUACCGCCGCCUCGCACUCUGCUGCCAACGAAGCAAUUGUUCUACCUGCCGCUCUCGAAAACGAAGCGGAAGAGAAGAACGCAAAGGAUGUAGCCGAGACGAACAGCGCCCUACGAGGAAAGAAACUGGACACGGGACUUGCUAUCGUACUGGAAAACGUGCUGGCCGGCUUCCAAAGGCCCAAUUUUGUUGAUGUGAAGCUGGGCAGACGACUGUGGGCAGAUGAUGCACCACCUGCCAAACGUACCAAACUGGACGAUGUCGCAUCCCAAACGACUAGUGGUUCGCUUGGUUUCAGGAUUGCAGGCAUGAAGGUAUGGCAUCCCGAAGGCUCAGGAGAGUACAAGGUGUUCGACAAGUUCUACGGUCGAAAUCUGACUUCAGACAACGUCAAGGACGCUUUUUCUACCUUCCUCUGUAUCGACCGGAAGACAGAGACUCCAGACAUGAUCAGAGACAUCGUCAGUAACAUCGAAGAGGCUGUCGGCUCUAUAGAACAAAUCAUUGCGAACCAGGAAAGCAGGAUGUAUUCAGCGAGCUUACUGUUCGUCUAUGAGGGAGACCUACAAGCGCGGAAAGAAGCCCUUGAUUCCGCCGUUGCACAGACGGCACAGAAUCGUGACUCGGAUGGUCUUAGGACUCAAGAAGGUGAGGGAACUAAUGAAGAGAAUGAUGACGAUGAGGAGGACGAGCAAGUUGAGCCAAAGCUGUUUGAUAUCAAGAUGAUCGACUUUGCUCAUGCAGAGUGGACAGCUGGCCAAGGACCGGAUGAAAACAUGCUAGUCGGUAUACGCAGCGUCCGCAAGGUCUUGAAGAGCUUGAUGAAGGGGGUCGGUUGCGAGUGA